AUGGGUUCCAUCUCUAUCUCGGAGAAGCCCCAUGCCGUGUGCGUACCCUACCCUGCGCAGGGCCACAUCACCCCCAUGAUGAUGUUGGCGAAGCUCCUCCACUCCCGGGGAUUCCACAUUACAUUCGUCAACACUGAGUAUAACCACCGCCGCCUCCUCAAGUCCCGGGGGCCGUCCGCCCUCGACGGCCUUCCCGACUUUCGAUUCGAGACCAUCCCUGACGGUCUCCCCCCAUCCGAUAUCGACGGUACCCAGGACAUCCCUUCCCUCUGUGAGUCCACCAUGAACACCUGCCUGGUUCCCUUCCGGGAACUACUCGCAGGCUUGAAAUCCUCCGGCGAUGUUCCGCCAGUCACCUGCAUCAUCUCCGACGGUGUGAUGAGCUUCACCCUCGACGCUGCCGAGGAGAUCAGGGUCCCCGAGGUGUUGUUCUGGACGACGAGCGCCUGCGGUUUCAUGGGUUACCUGCACUACAGAGAACUUAUCAACAGGGGAAUCACUCCUCUACAAGGUACUAAGCCAGAUUCCUCUGCAACUUUGAAUAUUUUCAUCAAUAAUUCAUUUCUCUCUGGUGUGCAGACUCUGCAGACCUUACAAACGGCUACCUUGACACAACCAUCGAUUGGAUACCGGGGAUGCCCAACGUGCGCCUGAAGGAUAUACCAACCAUUAUCAGGACGACGAACACAGAUGAGUUUAUGCUGAAGUUUGUCCUCCACGAGACAGAGAGGGCGUCUAGGGCUUCUGCAAUCAUCCUCAACACAUUCGAAAGCUUGGAAGGCCCAGUUCUUAAAGCUAUGGACCGCAUCCUACCACCCAUAUACCACGUCGGACCUCUCUGUGUGCUUUCUCAACAGGUAGCCAAGAGCCUCCAGGCAAUCAUGGGCUCCAAUCUUUGGAAGGAGGACACGAGUUGCCUCGAGUGGUUAGAAAGGAGGAAGCCGGGGUCCGUCGUCUACGUCAAUUUCGGCAGCAUAACGGUGAUGACCAACGAGCAGCUGGUGGAGUUCGCGUGGGGCCUCGCCGACAGCAACCAGGACUUCUUGUGGAUCAUCCGGCCCGACCUCGUCAAAGGAGAGUCAGCGGUGCUCCCGGAGGAGUUCCUGAGGGAGGUUGAAGGCCGGGGCCUGUUAGCAAGCUGGUGCCCGCAGGAGAAGGUGCUAGGCCACCCCGCGGUAGGUGGUUUCUUGACCCACAGCGGGUGGAACUCCACCCUGGAGAGCAUCUCCAGCGGCGUGCCCAUGAUGUGCUGGCCCUUCUUCGCAGAGCAGCAGACCAACUGCCGUUAUUCUUGCGCAGAGUGGGGCAUCGGCAUGGAGAUCGACAGCGACGUGAGGAGGGAGGAGGUGCGGAGCCUGAUCGCGGAGCUCAUGGGAGGGGAGAAGGGUAAGGAGAUGAGGCGUCGGGCCAGGGAGUGGAAGGAGCGCACAGUGGAUGCGACGAAACCCGGGGGUACCUCCUCCAGGAAACUUGACGAGCUGGUGAGGAUGCUGCUGACGCCGGCCGCUGGCUUUGCUGCAAGUUGA